UGUGAUGUUUUGCAUGCAAGAUGAGCCUGUUGGUAAACACAUUACAUGUGCAAAGAGUUCCCCUGGUCCUGAGGCAGUCUGGAUGAGUAUAAAAUCCUCUCCAGCUGUGCCUCACUCAUCCACUUCUCUUGCAUUCUCCUCUUUGGUGACCAAGGUGCACCUCCGUCCCACAGCCAUGUCCUGCUACGAUCUGUGCCGUCCCUGUGGCCCAACCCCACUCGCCAACAGCUGCAACGAGCCCUGUGUCCGGCAGUGCCAGGACUCCCGAGUGAUUAUUGAACCGUCUCCCGUGGUGGUGACCCUGCCCGGACCCAUCCUCAGCUCCUUCCCCCAGAACACCGCUGUGGGAUCCACCACCUCCGCUGCUGUUGGCAGCAUCCUGAGCCAGGAGGGAGUGCCCAUCAACUCCGGGGGCUUCAGCCUCUCCGGCUUUGGUGGUCGCUACGGCAGAAGAUGCCUGCCCUGCUAAGGUGGGGCUGGACGUGCAGUGAACACAUCGACCAGGAAGACCAAAGCCACUCACUGGACUGAGGACACAGCAUCUUGUCAGAGUUUCCAGAGAAUCUGAGCACCUUCACACCCUCCUGUAAAAAGAGGAAGGUAACCCAGGUGCCAUCCUUGCUUCUGGAAACACAGCCAGCUGAUGUUGUUGUCUUCUUUUGCUCUCUUCUCUGCAUCCUGAGUCCUUGAGUGCAGUUGUCUCCUGCUGUCCUGUUCUGUGGGUUCAUCCUGAAGCAAAUCAAGAAGGGUCCUGCUCAUCACCCUCUGUAUAUGUGUGUGGAUUGAAGAUGUGUAUCCCAUUGCUGUGCAGGGCUGCCCGAGUGCCGGCUGCCCUUGUAGCACUUCACUCGGGUCCCUUCCAGCAUGUCCUGCUUUGUCUCUGUCUUUAGACUCAUUAAAGUUUAUGCUGCAUUGUA